GGAGAUGGAACUGAGGGCCGUCGGCGCCUUUCGUCAUCACCAACUCCAGGAUCUCGUCUACAAGGCUACAUGUAUAAAAGAAGUGUGCCGACGAUAAGAUACAAUAACCUGGCGUCUUUCUUCUCCAUUGGAAUUGUAGUGUAUCCAUACACCUCACUAGUGUCACGGAUUCAUUCAAUUAUUCAUUCACAGCAGAACUAAUCUAACCAUGUCGGACAACUUUCUCGUCCCUCCCAAAACGCCGCCAGAGCUCAAGAUUCCAGCGUCCAAGAACACAGUCAAAGUGUCGUGUAUCGACAGUACCUCUCGCUUCAAAUUGCCCAACUCGCACUUCAUCCAACCCGACUAUACAGGCCACAACACCCUCAACGGACCCUCUUUUUCCUUUUUUAUCGAGCCCCUUUCUUCAUCUUCCUCAUCAUCCAAACCCAUCCUCUUCGACCUGGGCAUCCGCAAAGACUGGAAACUCCUCCCCUCCGCCACCAAACUCCAAAACCUCCACUGGGAAAUUUCCGUCGAAAAAGACGUUGCAGAAAUUCUUCGCGAAAAUAAAACCAACAACAACAAGAUCGAUAUCGAUGGAGGUGGCAUCGCCUCCAUCAUUUGGAGUCAUCACCAUUGGGACCACGUCGGAAACGCCGCAACAUUUCCCUCGAGCACAGAAAUCAUCGUCGGACCGGGUUUUAUCAAUGCACAUCUACCCGGAUUUCCCAUCAAUCCUCAUUCAACUAUAUUAGAAUCUGAUUUUUUCGACGCCAAAGAUAAAACAAAAAGACGAAAUAUUCGUGAAGUUGACAUCCAAACCCUCGGAAAAGGCUUCCAAAUCGGUCGAUUUUACGCCUGGGAUUUUUUUGACAAUGGAAGUUUUUAUCUGCUGGAUACGCCCGGCCAUGCUAUCGGACACAUUUGUGGUUUGGCUCGAACGACUUCUGAUCCGGAUUCGUUUGUGUUUAUGGGUGGAGAUGCAGCGCAUCAUGGAGGAGAAUUUCGUCCGACGGAAUAUUUACCUUUGCCGCGAGAAUUGGGCCCGCCGUCUCCUCUUCCGCGGAAACAACCCGUGUGUCCUGGGGAGUUGUUGAGGGGGAUUCAUCCAUACAAAAAAGCGGAUCAGCCGUUUUAUUAUGUGACGGAGAGUUUUGCGCAGGAUAAAAAAUUGGCGGAUUGGACGAUUGAGGGGUUGGGGGAAUUGGAUGCUCAGGAGAAUAUUUUGAUGCUCAUGGCGCAUGAUGAUGCGAUUGUGGAUCCGGGACAGUUGGAUUUUUAUCCUCGAGCACUGAAUGAUUGGUAUCGGAAGGGGGUCAAGGAGAAGAUUAAGUGGUUGUUUUUGGCUGAUUUUGAUGAGGCGCUUGCGGCUAAGGAGAAGGGCGGAGAGCCGUUUAAGUGGGUGAAGGAUUCUUCUGCUUAACAUGACUUGUACGCGCAGCAAUUUCAUGUUCAGUAAUACCAAAAAGAAGAAGCAAAGA